UGGCCAAUUUUACCUCCCAGAUUCCCGUAAAGCACAUGAUCCAACCUGUUACCUAACAAAGCUAGCGUCACUUACCUGUUCUCACCCUCAAAUGGGAACACUGGCCUAGGAUUAAAGCACAAACUGACAAGCCAAAUACAGUGGCCUGAGUCGUCGCAAGAAGUCCAGAGCCUCUAUCUGGGAACCUUCCACACCUUCUUCAAGCAACUUACAGCAGCACCAACAGUCACAAUGAAAGUUCUCAUCUCUUUUCUCCUGUUGCUGGCAUUAAUGCUGAUGUCCAUGGUCUCUAGCAACCCAAAUCCAGGGGUCGCCAGAGGACAAAGGGACAAACGCCAGGCUUCUGGGAGGUGGCUCCAGGAAGGUGGCCAAGAAUGUGAGUGCAAAGAUUGGUUCCUGAGAGCUCCUAAAAGAAAACUCAUGGCAGUGCCCAGGCUUCCAAAGAAGCAGUGUCCCUGUGAUCAUUUGAAGGGCAAUGUGAAAAAAAACAAUCGCCAAAGGCACCACAGGAAGCCAAACAAGCACUACAGAGCCUGCCAGCAAUUUAUCAAACGCUGUCAGCUAGCAAGCUUAACUCUGCCUCUAUAGGAGCUCUGAGAGCCCUCUCUCCCAAUGAAACAUUCUUAGUCAAAAGAGAAUGCUCUUCUCCCACCUCAAUUCCCUCUCAUUGUCCCCACUCCCUAAAUCAUUCCAGGGUUCUCAAAAAGCAUUUUUCCCAAGAUUAUUUUGAUUAUUGCUCCCUCUAGUGCUUUCUCUUGUGUUUUCCUGUACCCUCUCAUAAUUCAGGCUUCAUUUAAACUUAAUUACCUGAAAGAAAUCAGAAAACCCUGACUCCCUAGCUGGUUCCAUCUGACCUUAAAUACAACCAGGAAAAUAGCAAACAGAAGCCAAGAAAUAUUUUUUUAUGUUUAGAGCCCAGCAGAUGUGGCUCAAUGGUUGAGGGUCAACCUAUGUAUGAACCAGGAGGUCAUGGUUUGAUCUGGGUCAAGGCACA